GCUAAACACAUAAAAGAACUCAACGCAGUGUGAGGUUAAGUUGGCCACCUGUCAGUCAUCAGACACCAAGUGACAGGACUGAUAAAAACUAAAUGACGGUUUGGUUCACUUUCCCCAUUGAAACAUUCAAAGUUUUGUUAACAUUCCAACUUUAUAAAAAAAAUGCUGACUUUUGAUCCCACAGUACUGUCAUUAAUCACACAGCUAAGAAUCAAAAUCAGCUUUAUUGGUCAGGUAUGUAAACAUCACAAAGGAAUUUGUCUUCAGUGGUUGGAGCUGGCCCAAGUACCACAUACAACAGCAGUCAAUUGACAGGGAAGAAAAGUAUUUUGUUAUUCUAGCAUUUGGAGCAAUCAGAAUGCCCAUUUGAGCGAUGGCCCAGUGCAAUGACCGUUGUGCAAAGGGUGUCAAGACUUCAAGGAGUCUGCAGUUGAAAGUGACUCCUUUGUGCACUGGUCUAUAACGGGAACUCCAAACGGGUAAAGGCACUCCGUAUAAGCUGCACAUAAUGUGAUGCGCUCUUAAUUGUUCUAAAUGAAGAAGACCACAUCUUGCACAUCUGUAACUGAAUCUGUCUUGUUAUUUGUUCUUGUUUGUUUUUUCUUUGUUCUGAAUGUCAUACCAGGGCAGCACCGACUACCAAAGACAAAUUCCUUGUGUCUUGUUACUCACUUGGCCAGUAAAGCGGAUUCUGAUAUACUACGACGUGACGUGACAACGGGGUGUUGCAAACUCCACACAGGCGGGGCCAAAGUUUGAUCUCUGGUCCUCAGAACUGUGAGGCAGACCCUCUGCAGCGGCCUCACUGUUCCGCCCAAAUAAUCAACAUCAUUGUCUAAAAUGUUUUGAGUCGAUCGCUGAAAUAUAUACUGGGUAUAUAUUUUCAUUUGGGACAAACGACUCAAGAAAGCCCAUGAGAGCCACCCCCGCCUACCCCGUGCGCAUGACGUCACUGCGCCAGAGAAAUUACAUUGUAAAAAAAAAAAAAAAAAAAAAAACGUAACGGCGACGAGGAAGAACGCCUCGGACGCAAGCAGGCAGUCAUACCAGUGCGGGUCAACGAGGUCCGGGGGCAGGUUUUGAGGAAUCAGAACACUGUGAUCAGAAAUUGGCUAAGGGCGACCCCAAGAAAUGCAACGAGACGUCCACAGCCAACGCACUCGAAGCUGCCAAGCAAAGAUUUGCUCCCUUAGCUACUCGCCAGAAAAGGUAUACGAGAGACGGAGAGGCCAGGAGAAUGAACAUUUUUCCUUCAACAACCCAGCUAAGUUAUACUCUGUGUCAAGGUACCGUGACUGAAAGAGUUCGUUCAAGGCUGAGACAGAGCAAUACUGGAACAUUAUCAGGGAGAUGGAGGCGUCACACAUUAUCAUCGCCCAAUAGCUGGCAGACUUGAGGAGCGCACAGAAAUCUCCCAGAACAAGAACCCGUAGUUUGAACUGUGGCACACAUCCAAGCAAGAGUGUCUGAGAUGAAGAGCUGCACAGCACCAGAGUCCGACAUGAUUCACGCUUCCAGGCUGAAGAAGCUAAUUGCACAAAUGAAUGAGCUGCUAGCCCAGAAGCUACCGAUACUAUCAUACUACCAGCUUAUAACCAGCUUCAGUAACACAUGGCUAACCCCCAAGCUGUGAGGAUCGCUCCGGCAGAUAACAUGAACAACGUACAUCUCAAUCCAGAAGAAUGCAGUAAAUACACACCCAUGUACACAUUUACAUAAGACCUAACGCCCUGAUCCGCGUCCGUCCGCCCGCUGCCCCCCGGCUCACACGGACGCACAAACACAAACACUGACCCACAUUGUCCAACUGAAAAACAGACCACAUUCUCUUAAUCUCUUUUUCUUGGUCUAUGGCUCAAGCGUUGCCAUGGCAACCCUCACAUGCCAGCUGGCGGGGUCAAAAGAUUGGCGUUCACAAAACAAAUCUCUCUUUCUAUUUUUUCAUAGUUGAUUCUCUCAUCUUAUAGGAGCUCAUCUGACCUCAUUUGUUUUGAUGAGCAGUACGUGAGCAUGAUGAGUGAGCAGCAGCCGUAUUGGACUUGACUUUCACUGUCGCUCACCAGCAGAACCAAAGCGUAAAAUGACUUUGUUGUCAUUGAUCCAGCACCGUCAGCAUGACAACCGAGGUUCAGGAGGCGCAGAAGGCGGAGUCUCUCCCAGAAGUAGGGGCACACUCCACCCCCGUGCAGUUAGGGGAGGGGCGAGCAUCCCGGAACCCGCUUCGCUCAUUGGCCGACGAGCAGAGCGGGCACCUGUUGUCUAGCGGUCCGGUCGCUCCAUCCCCCGUCAGAAGGUCACUGAGCUUUCGGACCAUGCAGACCAAAGUCACCCUCCUGGAUGGGUCUGUCUUCAGCUGCACGAUGGAGAAACGCGCUCGCGGUCUUCAGCUGCUGGACAAAGUGUGCGAGCACAUCAACCUGCUGGAGCGAGACUACUUUGCCCUGUCCUUCCGAGACGCAGACAACAACAAGAACUGGUUGGAUCCUGGGAAAGAGAUGAAGAAACAGGUCAGAGGUGUACCCUGGAACUUCUCCUUCAAUGUCAAAUUUUACCCCCCCAACCCCGCCCAGCUCUCUGAGGAUAUCACCAGGUACUUUCUUUGUCUGCAGCUCAGAGAGGACGUGGCUUCGGGUCGACUUCCAUGUUCCUUCGCGACUCACGUCGUCCUCGGCUCCUACACCGUUCAGUCAGAGCUGGGAGACUACGACGCAGAUGAAUACGGCUCCGACUAUGUGAGUGAACUUUCCUUGGCUCCAAACCAAAGCAAGCAAAUGGAGGAGAAGAUAGCGGAUCUUCACAAAACCUACAGAGGAAUGACUCCAGCUGAAGCCGAGAUGCUUUUCCUGGAAAACGUCAAGAAACUUUCCAUGUAUGGAGUUGACCUUCAUCACGCAAGGAUGGUAGGAAGCCGCUUUGCUUGCUUGUCUUCAGGUCUCUCCGAGGACUCAGAGGGAGUGGCCAUCAUGUUGGGCGUGUGCAAUAGCGGUCUGCUGGUCUACAGGGACCGACUGAGGAUCAACAGGUUUUCAUGGCCAAAGAUCCUGAAGAUCUCCUACAAAAGGAACAACUUCUAUAUCAAGAUCCGACCUGGAGAGUUUGAACAGUUUGAAUCGACGAUUGCUUUCAAGCUGCUUAACCACAGGGCAGCCAAGAGACUGUGGAAAGUGUGUGUGGAGCAUCACUGCUUCUUCAGACUUAUUUCUCCAGAAGAACCUCCCAAACGUUUUCUCUCUCUUGGUUCCAAGUUCCGCUACAGCGGUCGCACUCAAAUUCAAACCCGCAGAGCGAGUGCUCAGAUUUCCAGACCUGCACCCCAUUUCCCGCGAUGCAUCAGCAAAAGGAACCUGCUGAGUCGCAGCCUGGAUGGAGUGACCAGAGAUUUCAUUGGUCCUCAGCUCCAAGUGACAGCCCUACCUCCUCCCUCAAUGGCUCUCCAGCCAUUACUGGAAGCAGACAAACAGGAUUUAUGUGAACGAGGAUCUGAAGUCCCUAAUUCGCCAGAAUUCAUCCGACAAAAUGUUCUUUGCCCUUUUGAGAUGGAGCCAAACGAAGAUACAGGCACGGGUCUAUAUUUGGUCUCUAAAGCCAUCACUGUCAGUGACCUCAUCAGCACAGUAACACCAGAGAAAAGGAGGGAUGAACAGACUGAUGAAGGAACCAAUCAGGAGAGAGCACUUAGACCAAUUGAGGCGGUGCAGGAUAGUGUCAAAAUUGAGCAUGAAGCGGCGCAAGAAGCGGAGCAAACCAAAGUAACAGAGGCAUCGGAGAGUCCGUUAACUCCUGAACAACUCGACCACAAGUUUCAAAAUACAGAGUUGACAGAGACUAUGGAUGGAGACCUUACAGCCACUGAGUCUGAACAGGAAGAUUUAAAAAGUGAUCAGGAAGUGAUGUCGAUUCCAGUCAAAGUUGAGAAGGUGGUGAGCGUCAUCAGCGACCUGCGGCGCUCCUUCUUAGAGGGAGAGGGGCCAACGGGGGAGCCCACGGAGUGGGAAAAGCGCCUGGCGGGGUCGCUUGUUCGUCGACUUGACGACUUGCCAAUGAUCGAACCUUUGGAAGCAGAUGAGGCUCAGCCGAUCCCCGUGUUGAACGAAAAGUGUCCUGAGCUGAACGCCUUGCUGAAGUUGGCUGGAGAACAAAAAACGUUUAGAGACGAAACACUGUUGAAGACUUCAGAGAGGAUGCACAUCAUCACAGCGGUGACACAGGAGGAGGAGUCUAUAUGUCAGGUAGCACCAGGAGGUUUUAUGGGACCACCUCCAUGUGAACCCCCACCUCCCCCGCCGGAGGCUUCAGUGAUUCAUGUUGAUGACGGCGGAAAGGCCCUAGUCAGGGAUAUGAUUAAACAGGCUGAAUGGCUUAACCCUCAGGGUAUGAUUGAUAAUGAUGAUGAUGAUGAUGAUGAUGAUGAUCAUGAUGAUGAUCAUGAUGAAGACAAGCUGAGUUACCAGGCUAGUGAUGAUGAUAGUGACACUAGCCAAGAUGCUGUCAGCGUGUUGGCUCAGGCAGUUGUGGAAGAAGCCAUGGAGACUGUGGUCAGGGAAAGUCCAAGUCCAGUAGCUGGCACUCCUACAUCAGAUAGCAAAAUCGCUAGCUUUUCUUGUAAACCUGACCAGCACAAGCUGACAACAACGGAGGCCAACCUCAGCCCCAACAUCAGGACCCGUUUCAUUCUGGCCACUCAGGUGGCUACCAGUUCAACACUCCACAGCCAUGACGUGGAAGACUCAAAUGAUUUCGGUGAGGAGGAAGACGGAUGGGGGACUUGUGAAAAAUCCCCUUCCCCCUCACUACCGCCGCACACCAGCCAAGACUUGCCUGGCUCAACCAAUGAAAUUGUGCUUUGCAACCACGAAGACCAAGACAAGGAAAGGGAGCGUCUCCAAGAGGUGGUUCCCAUGACAAGGAAGACUUUGAUGUUCGAAGCUCUGGGGAGGCGAGUGGACGCAGAUCGUCCUGUCGGACUGCUGCUGACUUCCCAGAGCUUCACGGCAGAGACAUCCAGCAUCUCGCACGUUACCAAGAUGGUGAAUCGAGGGAUUCCGGAAUCCAGGAUCGAGAAGAGAAUUGUCAUUUCUGGAGACACCGAGAUGGACCAUGAGCAGGAAGCUUAAAGAGCCAAACCACAACAUGUCACAGAAUCCAAUGAGAGGAGGAAAUGGUCUUUCUGCAGCAUGACCUCAUGUUCCUGUAGCAAGCAGACAAGACCACUGCAAUAUAUGCUUUUAUUUUGACAGACUGAUUGCAAAUUCCUUUCUGGAAUAAAGUUGAAAUAGCAUGAGUCCCAGCAGAACAGAGCAACUGAAACUUCAUUUACCGUGUUAUUUUUUAUCGAAGAGACAAUGAAAACAGCACACAAGGCUAUAAGGGCUGUAAUGCUAACAACGCAAAUUGUUGAUAUAAGGGUGCCAACUCGACAAAAGCUCACAUUGGCACCAACAUUUUACAAGUUUCUGCAGUCUACAUGUGUGAUAUUAGCAUGCUAAUCUUGCUACGUAUCUACCAAAACAAGCUGUAUCCAGUCCAAUUAGUUGAUUACUUUGUACAGAUCACCUUUUCACUCCUGCUCAUUUGGCAUUUGAAUAGAGUCUCAUGAAAUAGGAAGAAUUCUUCUUUUUUACUUUGUACUUUCCCCAUUAUUGUGACAUUCACCUAUGUAUGGUGUCAUUGGAUAUUAUUGUUCCUUAAACAACAGCUGUGUAAUAUAACAUCAGGUUAAGACAAAUAAAAUAAAGAUGUCAUCAUUCCA